AUGGACGUGAUUCUAGCUAUGCAACCGAUGCUCAGCACUUUCCCGUUGAGAAAACUACCGUUUGUCGCAUUGAAACACGUGAUUAAAGUCAUGGAGAUUGAUGAAAUAAUAAAAAUUGCAAUUACCUCGAAAUAUAUGGAGUCCAUUGUGAAAUUCUGUUGUAUUCGGAGUAGAGGGACUAUAGUUAGUCUUGACGGGGAAUACACGUAUGUUGGCUUGCAUCACCCAAAAGUGAUACUUUUCUGUUGUACCAAGACUUUCAACCAUCCCAGUGCACCAAAAUUGACAAAGGAGGAUUUGAAACCUUGGCUCUCCGAAACUUCGACAACCCUCGAAAAUACACGUCAGCUUUUCACUCGAAUUUACAAUUUGUUCCAAUGUGGCCCGUACAGAUUGAUGAUAAACUCGUCCACUGAAAAUAUCAAGGAAAAUCUGGAAAUUCCAGAGUUUCGAAACUUUGAAGCUUUGUUCUUGUAUUGGGAACAUUUUAAGAAGGAACAGUUGGACGAAGUGAUGGAAUUUGAGAGAGAAAUUCAAGAUUUGCACAUUCUUAAAAGUGAAAUUCCAGAAGAUUAUUAUCAUCCAAAUCUCUUCAAGUACAGGGAUGUUCAUUAUUGUGAUGCUCGUUGGAUCCGUCUUGAACAUCUUCUUUCGAUUAAGAACAACGGUGUAAUUACAUUAGGAAAGAAUAAUUUAACCAUUCCUGACAUCAACACAUUUCUUCAUCACUGGAUGAAUUCGGAAUAUGAAUUAUUCAAAUUUAUAAGCAUAGAUAUUGAAAAAGGAUCAUCAAUUCCUCUCGAUUGUUCCGUGAGAUUACUCUCAGUCAAUUCACCUAAGACUCGAAAUCGACAAAUAAUGAGUAUAGUUUGGACAGAUUCGCGUAUUGGCAUGAGUACCUGGUCUAUUCAUGAACGUCCCAAACAAAUGGAUCGUAAUGAUGAUUCAUUGAUGCACUUUGAUAAACCGUAUGUUCCGGAGUUCGAAGUUCUACAGUUGCUGAAACAGAGAAGAGUUUUGAAUUUGAAAUUGAAGAUAGUGGAAGAGGAUUCUUUAGAGAAACGGGAACUCAUAAAAAAGAUAGAUGAGACAAACAAUCAACUUCAAUUGAAAGGAGUGGAAUAUGAAAACGGAUGGCCUUUUCUACGCGGCAUUGACGCAUCAGGUAAAGUGCUGGCCUAA